UUCUUCUGGUUUGUGCCACCCAGGGAGACAGAAAAAACCGUCAGAUCUGUCCUCACAAGACAAUCCUCAAGCAGCGCACCGCGGAGGCUGCGGAUCGGUUACGGUGGGCAUUGAAUUUGCUCUGCCGCAAGCGCACCUGCGUUAUUAAUAAUGAUGUUGAGUUAUUUUCUCCACUGGAAGGACGUGCAACCUGACAGUUUAGGGGAAAACAGCGGCGAAGUGUAGGUCUUAAUCUCUUAGGACAACUUAUCAGCCGAAGAAGUCAAGUGCACUUUCCUUCCAGUCGUGCACACGAUGUUUUUCUCCGGAGUGGGGGACGGGAGAGAAAGAAGAGGACAACUGGCGCACAUUUGCGGUCACGACUAAAUACGCAAUGCUGUCCGUCACGAAGCGAGUCACGCAAGAAAGUCCGCUGUGACGCGGAAAUGGGUGCAUCGCUGCCAGCGGGAUAAACCUAUAGACGCGCUGGGAUCAGCACCACGACUCGGAACAGCUCCGUUCUUUCCCCCCCUCCUUUGGCGUGCUGCGGUCCGUCUGGAUGGGCGCUUUUUGCCUCCGUCUCUGACUGCUGCUGAAACUACUGCGACUAUUUCCGAUGGCAUCGCACGGGUUUUGGUCUCUUAGACCUGACGACUCGUCUGAUAACAGCAGCCAGGUCCCCAAUGCGACAAGAGCAUGGUGUCAGGCGGCUGCGCAGAAAUUCACCGGCGGCAUUGGGUCGAAGUUGUGUGCCCUGCUCAACGUUGGAGAGAGCGACAAGUCGGCCGAAUCACCCGCCAAAGAAGCCCAGUCCGGUGUAGAAACGUGCGGCUGCAACCAGCCAUGCAACUGUUCGAGAACAAACCAGGGAUUCUCCGAUCUGUAUUCAACAGAUUUACUGCCCGCGACGAAUGGGGACAUGAAGACAAUGACCUUCUUGCAAGAAGUUGUGGACAUUUUGUUGUCGUAUAUACUGGAGUCGUUUGACAGGUCAACGAAAGUAAUAGAUUUUCAUUACCCAAAUGAAUUGCUUCAGACCAACAACUGGGAGCUUUCGGACGAGCCGGAAACACUGGAUGAAAUCCUGCUGAGCUGCCGCGCGACGCUGAAAUAUGCCAUCAAGACAGCGCACCCCAGGUAUUUUAACCAGCUUUCCACCGGACUCGAUAUGGUGGGACUGGCGGCCGACUGGCUGACUUCUACCGCCAAUACCAAUAUGUUCACCUAUGAGGUGGCUCCCGUCUUCGUGCUGCUGGAGUAUGUCACGCUGCGGAAAAUGAGAGAGAUCAUUGGCUGGCCAGAGGGGAGGGGCGAUGGCAUUUUCUCACCAGGUGGCUCCAUCUCCAACAUGUACGCCAUGCUGCUGGCACGAUUCAAGAUGUUCCCGGAGGUGAAGGAGAAAGGGAUGUCGUCGAUCCCGAGGCUGGCUGCCUUCACGUCGGAGCAUAGCCAUUUUUCGAUAAAGAAGGGAGCCGCCGCCCUGGGAAUUGGCACAGAGAGCGUCAUCUGCAUCAAAGUAGACGAGAGGGGAAAAAUGAUACCAUCUGACCUUGAGAGACGAUUGGUUGAAGCCAAGCAAAAGGGCUUGGUGCCCUUCUUUGUGAGCGCCACAGCCGGCACCACCGUCUAUGGUGCCUUCGACCCCCUUAUCGCCAUCGCUGACAUCUGCAAGAAGCACGGCGUCUGGAUGCACGUGGAUGGUGCUUGGGGUGGAAGCCUUCUCAUGUCCAGGAAGCACAGGUGGAAGCUGAAUGGAGUGGAAAGGGCAGAUUCUGUGACCUGGAACCCCCACAAGAUGAUGUCAGUUCCCCUGCAAUGCUCUGCGCUGCUCGUCAAGGAGGAGGGACUAAUGGCAAACUGCAACCAGAUGCAUGCCUGCUACCUCUUCCAGCAAGACAAGCAGUAUGACCUAUCGUACGACACAGGAGACAAGGCUCUGCAGUGCGGCCGGCAUGUCGACAUCUUCAAGCUGUGGCUCAUGUGGAGGGCCAAGGGGACCAUUGGGUUCGAGGCUCAGAUCGACAAGUGCCUGGAGCUUUCCGAGUACCUGUACAACCGCAUCAGGAACAGGGAGGGAUACCAGAUGGUGUUCGAUGGAAAACCUCAGCACACCAACGUUUGCUUCUGGUACCUUCCGCCUGGCAUCCGCUACCUGGAGGACAAGGAGGAGAAGAUGCGGCGCCUGCAUAAGGUGGCCCCAGUCAUCAAGGCUAGGAUGAUGGAGUAUGGGACGACCAUGGUAAGCUACCAGCCGCAGGGAGAUAAAGUCAACUUCUUCCGCAUGGUCAUCUCAAACCCCGCAGCCACUGUGGAGGAUAUCGACUUUCUCAUCGAGGAGAUCGAGCGUCUCGGACAAGACUUAUGAGUAAUGCACUGCUUUGUGAGAAACUUGAAAUUGAAGCGUUUGUCGUGAAUGUACCAGUCUGUCAUGGUUGUAACUCCAAAUCCAGACAUAUAAGUUAUGAAAAACACAGAUUAUAGGUAUAUUUCCAUAUGGUAGUGUUGUUGUUAGCAACGUUGUCCCGAGCUGUUUUUGAUGCUUUUGUCUAGCUUCCGUGUCUAAUUUAGAAUUUGCGAUGUUUUGUCAUGAAUAGUUGAGGAAAUAUUACACUCUCAGUACAAGUCAGCUGCUCCACAUUGGUGCAAUUGGUUAAAAACUAAAAAAGAAAGAUAUAUUAAUUAGGAGCGAUCCUUGAUCUUAUUCAGAAACAAACAGAACCAUGCAAAGCGUAUAGAUUAAGAGGCCCCCACAGGUCUACUUUUGCUCCGUCCGUUGAUGUUUGUAGAAUGAUGUCCUUGCAGGGAUGAGAAAAUCCUGUUUCCGAAAGCACCGGUAUAAACCUUAAAUAGAUUCUGCAUAUAUUACAGUAGAUUGUAACUGGAGGAUAAAAGAUGAGGUGUCUUGCUUUGUUGUGAAGCUUGAUAAACACCAGUGCAGGGAUUCAGCGUCCCUGUCCUCUGAGCAAACGUUGCUGGUCGUUCCAGUGCUGGCAAGGCUCUAGGCAGAUUGUGCCAAUCGUGUAAUAACGGUGAACUGUGCGCGGCUGUGUCGACGUGAGGGACCCGGGAAGUAGGAAAUGUCUAGAUACAGUGCAGAAUGAACUAGAGGAUGCGGACAGGUUUAACGUAAAGCGUAGUGCAUAAAACCACUCACCCCAUUGCAAGAGGUAUUCUGGGAAAAAAGUUGCAGGCAGUUACCUUUUCUCAACACCAUGAGCUCUGGAGCUGCAGAUGGAUCAGAGACGUGCCAAUAUCAGAAGCCGGGCCUCUUGCACGGCACUCAAGGGGAAAACCGACUUAACUUGCACUAAAUCCGAGAGGAAUGACGGGCAGCUGCACUGCCCCACAGAUUUUUAUACUCCUACGUCAAGCAAUACGGCUCGACAGGCGUAGUGAAAGCUUCUGCAUGUGACCCUGUGAGGUCACCUCCAUCUGAAGUUCAAAAAGAAGCACAAUUAGUCUAUAAGUGUAUGUUAAGGUGCCAUUAUUGUCUACUGUAAAUAUGAUUUUAAUCACAUAUCCAGGAGUCUAUACAUAUAUGUACAUAUAUAUAUUUCAUAUUAUGAGAGAAUUUUGUGUGGUACUGAUAUUUUCUCUACUUAGUAUAAAUACUUGAGUUUUCCUUGUAAGCACGUCACGCUGUAGCGGCAGGCUAGUCAUCCAGCGUGUCCAUUGUCCGCUUCACCUAUCUGGAAGGGAAGGACUCAUAGUUUCUAGAUGCUUCCGAGGGCAUCAAACCCGACCUGAAGAAAAGCAGUGUGCAAGGUCACACCCUGCACUGCACGUUUCCAGGCACGCACUCGAAGCCAUUCCUUGAAAAGGCCGGUAAUACUCGCCAAAAGUUGUAUGUGUAAUCCGUGUUCUGUGUGUUUGUGACCGCCUGUUGCCUUGGUUACCGUUGCCGGUGUAAUGUAGUCCUUUUUUCUCUGGGAUCGUGCACUUUAUAGUUCUGAUGCGUAAGUGGUUAUGUAUGAUGUCCAUGGUUAGUCAGCGUUUGAUGUAAAAUUAAUAGUAAUCUGUGAUUAGUAAAAAUCUCCACUUCAGCUUCUAUUGAAGAUGGAAGCCUGGAUUUUAUUUAAAGCCUUGUGUUUGUUGUUCUGUUGCUUUUGUAGUCUGUUGGAGUAAUUUGUAGAUAAAAGUCACUUUAUAAAGGCGAAUAUAUAUAUAUAUAUAUAAAUGCUGGUUGUCCUCUUCUGUUUCCAAAGCGAACAUGCUUGCAGUUUUCUAUGCUAGAUUGGCAAUCACACUUUGACAUGUGUAGCUUUGCAGUAACAAUGGCCGGCGACCUUCUACUUUUUGUUUUGCUGCUGCUGCUGCUUGACUUUGCUCGUUUUGCACCUGCAUGAAUGCCACCACCCCGCCAGCUUCAAAUUAAAGCCGCCGCUUUUGCCAGCUUCAGCCAAACGCCAUGCCGCUAGAUCCCUUUAGUGCCCGCCCUCCCCGUUUUGACCGAUGCCGCAUGCCCGCCUGCCCGCCGGCCUGCCCCGCUCUGCCUCAGCCUCUCCUUUCUGCUUCCUCUAGCAGGCCUCCGCUCUGAACGUAGAAAUUCGUCUGUCUCUAGAUCAUAGGCGUAACUCUCUUUUCGUCACCUUCUUGGCUCUCGCUCAGUGUUGUGACCUCUGCCCUUUCGCGGCUUCGAAGGCAGUGGAGCUGUUUGUUGCCACUCUAGCCCCCCUUGGCUGCCCGUUCGCUGAAGGCCGUGACGUAUAAACGCCAACUUUAUUGCAUGAAGACAGUAUGUCCCUUGUAAUCAUCCAUCACCUGCUUCUCAGCGCUGUGUGACAGGGUAAGAUUAGGACCAAAAUUUUAAACAAUAUGCUGGCUGAUGUUAGAUAUUUAGUUGGUUAAAUCUUACUUUUUGAUUCAGGGAGGAUCUUGAAUAGCGCUGACGUACAGGCCAGCCCCUUUGUGAAAUGGUGUUUUUAUUUUUCAAUAGCUGUGUUAAAUCUCUGGGGAACCAAUAAAGGAAUAAAUAAUAAAUAUCUACUUGAUGAACACUG